AUGAAGAAUGAAGGAGGAAUUGCUACUGGGCGUUCAUGGUAUAACGGCCUGCGCCGCCUUGGUCUCUUAUUUUCGAUCCUAGAUCCUCUUCAACUUCUGAAUAAACCACCGCUCAAUCCUCUGGGAACAGCCCAUAUCGCCCUCAACUGCACCGGCUUUAAACGAAAAUCAUGCCUGAUGAAGUUCCUAGCUAGAGAGAAGAAAACAGGAUUUACGUUUUGCGGUUCCCGUAUCUGGCGCUUGUCACAAAAGCUUGAUCAUCAAGCAGAUGAAAUCAGAAAAGCCUCAAACUUUUAUACGAACACGAGGAUUUUGUUAAUGCUCUGUAGCACUAUCCAGCAGUUGGGCAUCUUGAGAAUGAGUCUCACCUCGGUAUCUCGGCACCAAGUCUUGGCCAUAUCGUAUCUGUCUGGUCAAGCAGGGGUCUUUGAUAACAGCCGCCACGGCGCGGGUAUGAAUCGGAUAUUUCGGAUGCGAAAAAACCCGCGGCCUGCAGCCACAAUAGGCGAGCCUGAGGUGAGGAUAAUAAGGUACGGGUUUAGGCCGCAUUUGAAUGAAGAAGGCGGCCGACAUGAUUUAUCAUGGCUGACCGGCUUGAUAUCAAACAACGUCCCCUCAUAA